GGAUAACUAUUUUUCAAGUUUUCAGCAGAAUAUAUAAAUAUCUGGUAAAACGACCAGAGGGCCCUGAAGACAGUUUUAUCUACCAAGGCAGAUUAUACAGAAGGAUGUCGGGACACUGGACACACCACUACAUAGCAGGGGGAGUGGGAGGGGCAGCAGGGCUCCUGGUUGGUCAUCCGUUUGAUACCGUAAAGGUCCAGUUACAGACCCGGACCGUUGACCAGCGUUAUCGUGGGACGAUAGACGCUAUGUCGGGUAUCAACCAGACCGGCUGGGUACGAGGAUUCUUCCGUGGAUUGUCGUGGCCCCUGUUUACCUUUGGUAUAGUUAACAGCAUACUUCUCGGCGUAUAUGGCAACACAAUGAAGAUUUUAGAAAGGGAGGACCCAAAAACCCGGAAGACGCAUUAUACCAAUGUGUACUUAGCCGGAUGUGCCGGCGGAGCAACAUUCCAAGUGGUAGCAAUACCAUUUGAUUACAUAAAAGUAGUUCUUCAAUCGCAAAUUCAGCAGGAAAAGAGUGGUUCAGUGGAGACUCGUCAUCAGAAGAGGUAUUAUUUUCGCGGGCCUGUAGAAUGUACCAUCCACACCUACCGAACAUUAGGUCUGUCAGGUCUGUAUAAGGGGGGAACUGUAAUGGCGGUAAGAGACAUCCCGACCUGUGGCCUGUACAUGCUCACAUAUUCCUACAUUGGCGACUUUCUCAGGAAGAAACAUUGGACAGACAAUCGGGGUAUCAUCGCUGAGCUUGUCUCCGGGGGAUGUGCAGGGAGUUUUGCUUGGUUUGCGACCAUGCCUUUCGAUGUCAUAAAAAGUCGGUAUCAGGCAGAUUUUAGCGGUGUUUAUAAGCGCCCUUUAGACUGUGCUAUUGCUAGUUAUAAAGAAGAGGGUUUCCGAGUGUUUUACAGAGGCACUGUCGUUACUUGUUUACGUGCUUUCCCGUCAUGUGCAGUUGCGAUGCUCGUUUAUUCAUAUAUAUUGGAUGUAUUAAAGAAAACUUAA